AUGGACAACAUCCCAACCUACGACGCCCUCCCGCCGGUCGAGGGCAUGCCCGCCGGUUGCGCAUGGGGCGUCUUUGACAAGCCCGGCGAGCCAAAGGACGUCUACGGGACGCUGAACCACCUCACGCCGGCAGUUGUCGCAGCGGCGGGGGCUGAGGUGCGAGACGGAGUUUCGAUUUCUCUGAACUGGCCCCUGACUGCCCUCAACCACAUCCCGUUGCCCGGUCGGCGCAAGACGGUGCACACGGUGCGCUCGCUCGUGGAGCAGGGCAUGAGCAGCGGCGCAGGGCUGGAUGACGAGCUCGAGUUCAACACGCAGUCCAGCAGCCAGUGGGACAGCCUGGUGCACUGGGCGCACCAGGAGACGGGGCUGUCGUACAACGGGUUCAGGGCGGCGGCCGACAACGUCGCCACGUCGCCGGACGCGCCGACGGUCGACAAGUGGCACGCGAGGGGCGGCGUCGUGGCCCGCGGCGUGCUGGUCGACUUUAAGCGCUGGGCCGAGGCCAACGGGAGGGAGUACCACCCGUUCGACGCGUACAGGAUCACGGUCAAGGACCUGGAGGAGGUUGCCGCGGCGCAAGGGGUCGAGUUCAGGCCCGGGGACGUGCUCCUGGUCCGGACCGGCGUCACCGAGGUCUGGGAGGCGCCGAGCCAGGACGACUUUGCCAAGGUUAUGCGCGGCACCAUCAGCGGUCUGCACGGGGCGGAGGAGACGGUGCGCUGGCUGUGGGAUCGCCGGUUCGCUGCCGUUGCCUGCGACAACAAUGGGGUCGAGGCGUUACCGCCGGUGAAAGAGGAUGGGAGCGUGACGGCGAUGGAGGGGCUUGUUCUCCACCCUCACUGCCUUGGCCUCCUCGGCAUGCCCUUGGGUGAGCUGUGGGACCUUAGGAAGCUGUCGGAGCACUGCGCAAAGACGGGCCGCUACUCGUUCUUGUUGACGUCGGCGCCGCUAAACGCGGCUGGACUGGUGGGAUCGCCCCCGAACGCUCUGGCUAUUUUCUAG